AUGGCUCCAGAUAGAAUCUCGUUUGAGGAUUACCUCGACCUCACAGCCUUGAUGUUCGAUUGGGGAGACAGCUACGAUGCCAAGGACUGGAAACGCCUAGAAUCCAUCAUCGCGCCCAACCUCCUCGUCGACUACACCACAAUCGGCAAAGGCCGCUGGGAAUCCAUGCCCGCCUCACAAUUCAUGGGCAUGGUCACGGACGACGAUUUCCUCGGCGACCCCUGUGUCAAAACCCAACAUCUUCUCGGCGCCACGCGCUGGGAAAAAAUCUCGGACGAUUAUGUCAUCGGUCAUCAUCAAUUGAGAGCGGGGCAUCAAGUGUAUACGAAUAAGGAUUUGAAGGAGAUUAAGUUGAAGGGUCAUAGUCAUGCUACUAAUGAACAUUAUUAUAAGAAGGUGGAUGGAGUGUGGAAGUUUGCGGGGUUGAAACCGUUGGUUAGGUGGAAUGAGGGGGAUGGGGAAAAUUGUUUUGAGAGGGUUUUUAAGGGGAGUUAUAAGGAUUAG